AUGUGUACCAGCCGAAAGAUCAUCUGGGCUCUGUUGGUUCUCUCGGUGUUGGAGAUAGGACUCGGCGUCUCCAACAUUGUCUUGGGCGCGGUGGGCAUCAGUCGGGUACGGCCCGGCCAGAAGACGCAGCAAGGGGAUGUUUCUCCAGUCUGGAGCGGGAUGUGUUUUCUCAUAUGUGGCCUGUGUGGGAUAUUGUGUGCGAAGAAGAGAACCGGCCUUGUCAUGAUCCUCUUCUCCGCGUGCUGCAUCUGCGGCCUGAUCGGCGGCAUCCUGAACUUCCAGUUUGUGCGCGCGGCGGUGAAGCGUCCGGGCGCACUGCCCUCGCUGCAGGUGGCCGCCAUGUCCCUCAGCUGCCUGGGCAUCAGCAGCUGCACGCUGUCCACCUGGCUCACCUGCCGGCUGGCCAGCACCGAGCAGCAGCGCAUGUUCCUGGAGCGCGAGCACUCGCUGCACCACUCGCACGAGAUGGCCGAGAAGCAGGAGACCCUGGACAACUCUAGCAAUGGGAUCCCCCAGAUUUCUUACAAUGGACGAACCGCGUCUCCCUGACGAUGUGGAAUGCUGAC